AUUUUGAUAUUAGAAGAGGAAAGGAGGGAGAAUAAUACUAUUUAAGCUGAAUACAACUUGUCCACAUUCUCCGUGUUUUCUCUCUUUCUCUCUCAGGAAUUUUCUUGUGAAAUCUCUGCAUUUUACACAAUACCCACGAAGAAUUUUCUUGUCUCCAACAAGUGAAUUUAUUCUGUGUAGCUUCAAUUUUAAGUUCUUGAAAGCUGAGAUCUUUUUAUUGGGUUGCUUUCUCUGUUGCUUAAAGGUUCGAUUUUUAUGCAACUCAUUUCAUCUUUCUCAGUAUUCGUCAGCACUGUAAUAUUUGCUGACACGUGGCUGGAGAGAUUGAUUUUCGGUACAGAAGGGGUACUUAGAAGUUAAGAUGAUGGGGGGCUUUGCUUUUGGGGCUGUAGUUUCGAAGAUGAAUAAUUUAUCUACAUCUGAUCACUCAUCAGUUGUGUCCGUGAACUUGUUUGUUGCACUUCUUUGUGCAUGUAUUGUUGUUGGUCACCUGUUGGAGGAGAGCCGAUGGAUGAAUGAAUCCAUCACAGCCCUUGCUAUUGGGAUUUGCACUGGAGUUGUUAUUCUAUUAUUUAGUGGAGGGAAGAAUUCACAUCUUUUGGUUUUCAGUGAAGAUCUUUUCUUCAUCUAUCUUCUUCCGCCUAUCAUUUUUAAUGCUGGGUUCCAGGUGAAAAAGAAACAAUUUUUUCGAAACUUUAUGACCAUCACUCUCUUUGGUGCUGUCGGAACUUUGAUAUCUUUCAGCAUAAUAUCAUUGGGAGCCAUCCACUUCUUCAAGAAUAUAAAUAUUGGUUCUCUCGAGUUAGGAGAUUUUCUGGCAAUUGGUGCAAUCUUCUCUGCGACGGAUUCUGUUUGUACAUUGCAGGUGCUUAAUCAGGAUGAGACGCCCUUACUAUAUAGUCUAGUUUUUGGUGAAGGUGUCGUAAACGAUGCCACAUCAGUGGUCCUCUUUAAUGCAGUCCAGAACUUCGACUUGUCUCAUAUCGAUGCAGUUACGGCAUUGCAGUUGAUUGGCAAUUUCAUAUAUUUAUUCAUCUCGAGCACUCUACUGGGAGUUUUCGCUGGAUUGCUUAGUGCAUUUAUCAUCAAAAAGCUCUACUUUGGACGGCACUCUACUGAUAGAGAGGUUGCUAUUAUGAUACUUAUGGCAUACCUUUCUUACAUGCUGGCUGAGUUGCUUGAUUUAAGUGCUAUCCUCACAGUGUUCUUUUGUGGAAUUGUGAUGUCUCAUUAUACCUGGCAUAAUGUAACUGAAAGUUCAAGAGUCACUACCAAGCAUACAUUUGCAACAUUGUCAUUCAUUGCCGAGAUAUUUAUCUUUCUUUAUGUUGGUAUGGAUGCCUUGGAUAUUGAGAAGUGGAGAUAUGUAAGCGACAGCCCUGGAACAUCAAUUGGCGUAAGCUCUAUUCUGUUGGGACUGAUUUUAGCAGGCAGAGCAGCCUUUGUGUUCCCUUUAUCAUUCUUAUCCAACUUGACCAAGAAGUCUCCUGAAAAUAAAAUUGAGCUAAAACAGCAAGUUACAAUUUGGUGGGCUGGUCUUAUGCGUGGUGCUGUUUCGAUGGCCCUGGCUUACAAUCAGUUUACAAGAGAAGGCCACACUCAACUACGUGGGAAUGCAAUCAUGAUUACUAGUACCAUCACAGUAGUUCUUUUCAGCACAGUGGUGUUUGGACUGCUCACCAAGCCUCUAGUUAGACACUUGCUACCUUCUCCUAAACACUUGGUCAGCAUGAUUUCAUCUGAAUCUCUCACUCCUAAAUCUUUCGUUGUACCGCUGCUUGCAAAUUCUCAAGAUUCAGAGGCUGAUCUAUGCUCAACUAUGACCCGUCCGACAAGCUUAAGGAUGCUUCUGACAGCACCUUCUCGCUCUGUCCACCAUUAUUGGAGAAAAUUUGACAACGCCUUCAUGCGACCUGUUUUUGGCGGACGAGGUUUCGUACCGUAUGUUCCAGGCUCACCAACUGAGCAAGAUGAUUCACAAUGGCAAAUGGACGCGAGCAAGUGACGAAACAUUAACAGCAUUUUUGUUCUUCAGGUUUGCAUUGAAGUAUGCCCUUUGUUUUGAGGUUUGUCCUCCGGUGCUGAUGUUACUAGCAGAGUAACAUUCACCAACUUUACAGUGUGCUACUGUAUAUAUCAGAUAUGCACGGUAAUGACUUGUUUGCAGUCGGCAAGUAUUUUUUUAUUUGUUUUCCAAGUGAGUGUUCUACGGGUGGUGGAGCACACAGAGCUUGUCUGAGUAUUGUAUUCAUAUUGGUAGUUUUCUUUUUCAUCCAAUCUUGUAUUCUCGGUCAGUCACUCAGCAACCCACGACAGAUCUUUACAAGAUUGCCGCUUCCUAUCUGACAUCAAUUUUUUUGGGGGAAAGAAAUGAUUAUAUAGUCUGGUUAGAGAGCAAAUAGAGAUUGUAACAUACUACCAUGAUAACCAUCCUUCAAUGCAUGGUUAUCAACAUAUUGGAUUGUAAUAUAGUUCUGUUGUAGUAUUAUAAGUGUUGUUCAUUGAUAGGCCAAGGGAUGCCUUCGGCCUUUACGCGUUGUACUUCCUGGAUUACAGAAAAGAAUUCAUCAAGUAUCUUUGAAAUAGAAUGGAUUGUAUUCUCAGCGGAGAACCUUUCAUGUGUACUUCAGAAUCACAAAAUUGUUAACAAGGUUUGAACCUCUAUAAGAAAAAGAGUUAGGAUUUUGACAAUGA